GGACGCUGGCCGCGCUCGCGAGGGACGGGAGGUCGGCGACCGCUGCGGAGGAGGCCUCGCUCUGCGGGGUUCCUCGCUCUCAGCUGGCAGAGAAUGGGGGAGAUAGCGGGGACCUACAGAGUCCUGCAGGCAGCCGGGACACGCCUAGGCACCCAGGCCCCGGGGGGUGUGAGCACUCUUGAGCCUGGGCAGAAGCUUCCUGCCUUGCGGGAGAAGCAGCUGCAGGUUGGAGUGAAGCUGCUGGACGGCACCGUAGAAGCGUUCAACGUUGAGCCCAGGAACAACGGCCAGACCUUGCUGACCCUCGUGUGGAGGCGCCUGAAUCUGACCGAGUGUGACUACUUUGGGCUGGAGUUUCAGAGUGCCCAAGGCUGCUGGGUCUGGCUGGAACCCAUGAAACCCUUCGGCCGGCAAGUGCCCAGACCAAGGACCACAGUGCUUCGCCUGGCUGUAAAAUUUUUCCCUCCUGAUCCUGGUCAAUUGCAGGAAGAAUACACAAGGUACUUGUUCGCCCUGCAGCUCAAGAGAGACCUGCUGGAGCAACGUUUGGUCUGUGCCGACACCACCGCAGCCCUCCUCACAUCCCAUCUUCUGCAGUCUGAAAUCGGGGAUUAUGACGAAAUCCUGGACCGGGAGCACCUCAAAGCCAGCGAGUACCUGCCCAGCCAGGGGCGCUGUCUCCACAGGAUCCUGGAGCUGCACCAGCAACACGUGGGCCAGACUCCAGCCGAGUCAGACUUCCAGCUGCUUGAGAUCGCCCGGAAGCUGGACCUAUACGGCAUCAGAUUCCACGCGGCCUCUGAUAAAGAGGGUGCCAAGAUUAACCUGGCUGUCUCCCACAUGGGCAUCCUUGUGUUCCAGGGCACCACCAAGAUCAACACGUUCAACUGGUCCAAGGUUCGCAAGCUGAGCUUCAAGAGGAAGAGGUUCCUCAUCAAGCUCCAUCCAGAGGUGCAUGGGCCCUACCAGGACACACUGGAGUUCAUUCUGGGGAGCAGAGACGAGAGCAAGAGCUUCUGGAAGCUGUGCGUGGAGCACCACACCUUUUUCAGGCUCGCCGACCAGCCAAAGCCCAAGACCAAAGCUGUCCUCUUCAGCCGCGGCUCCUCCUUCAGAUACAGUGGUAGAACUCAGAAGCAACUGGUGGAUUACAUCAAAGACGGGGGCGUGAGGAGAACACCAUACGACAGGAAACACAGUGCACCGCAUGUGUGUGUACGUGCUCUGACUGCAGACCUGCCGAGACAGAGCAUCUCCUUGACCGAGGCCUUGCAGACUCCAGCAGGCACCUCCUUUAGCCGGCUCCCAGCCUCCCCCAGCCCACCUCCUGGCCGGCCUGAGCUCCUGGAUGCCCAGGCUCCUCACAGCAAUGGAGCAGCGGAACACAGCCCGGAUGUACCACAGCCUGGUCCAGGCCUUUCCACGGACAGUCCUCUGCCUUCUCGCUCCAGCCAGAAGAGCCAGCUGGGCCUGAGCCCCACAUUUCAGGGGACUCUGGGCUCUGCUGAGCAGGGCUCAUCCCCUCUCCUGAGCCCUGCCCUUAGCAACGCUGGAGCCGGCUUGGACAAUGAGGAGGAGCCAAAGCACAAGCGCCUGCCAGAAGACAAGACCUACUUCAUAGCCAAGGAGCUGCUCGCCACAGAGCGCACUCACCUCAAGGAUCUUGAAGUCAUCACUGUGUGGUUCCGCAGCGCCUUGGCCAAGGAGAAGACUGUGCCCACAACCCUAAUGACCCUGCUCUUCUCCAACAUGGACCCUGUCUACGAGUUCCAUAGGGCCUUCCUGCAGGAGGUGGAGCAGCGCCUGGCACUCUGGGAAGGACCCUUUGGUGCUCACCAGCGAUUAGGGGACAUCUUGCUCAGGAACAUGCGUCAGUUACAGGAGUUUAUCAGCUACUUCCAAAAGCAUGAUGAGGUCCUGACGGAACUGGAAAAGGCCACCCAGUGCUCUAAGAAGCUGGAGGCAGUUUACAAGGAGUUUGAGCUCCAGAAAGUCUGCUACCUGCCUCUCAACGCAUUCCUGCUGAAGCCUAGCCAGCGGCUGGUGCACCUGCGUCUGCUGCUGAGCCGGCUGUGUGAGCACUACCCACCUGGGCAUCAUGACUACGCUGACUGCCAUGGUGCUCUGCAGGCCGUCUCUGAGGUGACCACUGCACUGCAGCAUAACCUCACCCGCCUUGAGAACUCCCAGAAGCUGGCAGAGCUGCAGCGGGUCCUGAUCGGCAUAGACAACCUUGCUGCGCCCGGCAGGGAGUUCAUCCGUGAGGGCUGCCUACACAAGCUCACAAGAAAGGGGCUACAGCAGAGGAUGUUCUUUCUGUUCUCAGAUAUGCUGCUAUACACAAGCAAAGGUGUCCCAGGGAGCAGCCACUUCCGGAUACGCAGCCUCCUCCCACUCCACGGCAUGCUGGUGGAGGAGGCUCAAGGUGAGGGUGGCCCACACUGUUUCACCAUCUAUGCAGCUCAGAAGACCCUGGUGCUGGCAGCCAGCACGCGGCUGGAGAAGGACAAGUGGACGCGAGACCUCAAUACUGCAAUCCAGGCAGCCAACAGCAGCAGCAACACAGCCGGGGCACUGCCAGCUGACACCAUGCGCACAUCAGGGCCCUCGUCUUCCAGUGAGGUCUCCGAGGAACAGGAGGCAGAAGUGACAGCUUGGAGCACCCAAAGCCCACACCGGGUCAAUACCACGGUACAUGUGUGCUGGUACAGGAACACAAGCGUGUCCAGAGCUGACCACAGUGCAGCUGUUGAGAACCAGCUCUCGGGAUACCUGCUACGCAAGUUCAAGAACAGCAGCGGCUGGCAGAAGCUCUGGGUCGUCGUCACCAACUUCUGUCUGUUCUUCUACAAAAGCCACCAGGACACCUGCCCCCUGGCCAGCCUCCCACUGCUGGGCUACAGUGUGAGUGUCCCCAGGGAAGAUGACAGCAUCCACAAGGACUACGUCUUCAAGCUGCAAUUCAGAUCCCACGUCUACUUUUUCCGGGCUGAAAGCAAGUACACGUUUGAGAGGUGGAUGGAGGUGAUUGGGAGCGCCAGCAGGUCGCAGGAUGCACAGGAGGCCAGGGACUGCAGUGCGUCCUGCCUGGACGAGGACAUCCUGGACAAGGAGCCCAACAGUAGCCGCCACUUGUCCAUGUGCCCCCAGCCAGGACAGCCAUGGGCACCUCCAGACACUGAGGCCACGACAGGCUAGUGGAGGGAUGGGCAGGCCCACAGCUGGCAGUCCUACAGCCCACAGGCAGAUGUGUAGCUCAGUCAGGCCAGGGGGCCCCUGU